AUGAUUCAAGAAACUAAUGAUGAACCACAAUUAUGUUUACUUAAUAUUAUCAAUACUCGGUGGCUUUCUAUAUCAAAUAUGGUUCAUAAUUUGCAUCAAAUUCUUAAUUCUAUUAAAGAUGCUUUAAAUUAUGAUUUCAUAACAACCGAAAGUAAACAAGAUAAAGAAAAGGCCAAAAAAUUAAUUGAUUGUUUAAAUUUAGACUUUGUAUUAACUACAAAGUUUCUAGCAGAUUUAAU